UGCUUGUGGCAGCGCCGUGCUAUGCCACAUGACUGUUCUCCAUGUCCGUUGUUGCACACUAUGCAUCGUCGUCACAUAGCUAACGUCGCCGUUGGUUUUCAUGUGGACAACGACAAACCCAAUAGUGGUAGCCCCAAAAGUAUUGUAAAAGUCUGCAACAAUGAACAAAACAAUAAUAAUAAUAAUAAAAUCAAAAUUUACACUACUAGCAGUAAAACGAGCGUUACAACAAUAUUAGCGGCAACAGCCACUGUCACUGUCAACGUCGCGGUUAUAGUGUACGUCGACAACAGCGCCGAACUCGACACGAGUUGUAACCGCUUCUAUAUCGCCAUCAAACUAAAACGCAAACAAACGCAGUUACCGCUGAGCGCGACCUCAUCAGCGACACUAAUAAAACUGACAACAAUUGCAAAUACAUAUAAAGCAACAGCAACACAAACAAAAAACCCACAAACUAUUAGGAAAAUCACAAAAAGCAACCAUUUGUGAAAUUCGCAAAAGCGCUGUGUACGAAUCAGUCCAGUUGGUUAAUGUAAAUUUAACAGUGUACAACAAAUUUAAAGCUGUGACAAGCAGCGGCAAAUAAAAUAGCAAACGAAGAAUUAGAGCCUAGCAACAGUGAAUGUGUGUUUUGCAUACUUGCAGAAGCAAUCGAUUUAAAAUAACUUCAAACAAAUAAAUACACAUAAAUAACGCAUAGAAUUUAGUAGUAAUUAAGUCGUAAGCUUAAGUGCAAAUAGGUAAAUUAAACAAAAAAACAAAACUUGAAGCAAAUUACACUAAGCCAGCCGUAUAUAAUCGAAACUAUACCUUAAACUUAAUACAAAAUCGACAAGAUUUAUAAAUUUGGAUACGGUUACUUUGCAAUAAAAUCAUUCGUCC